AUGCGUGCGCUCUUCCGCCCGUUCGCGCUGCAUGCAGCGUACACACCCAUUGAGACCAUCGUCUUCUUCUGCAUCAUUGGCACGCUCGCGUACUUCCACAUUCUCUCUGCGAUCAAGCACUCGGCGUUCAUUGACCCCUCGCUGUCGGUAUAUGCGCCUCCGACGCUGCGGCCAGCGUAUGCGCUGUGGCGCCUCGGUGAGUGGGUUGGUGUGCGCGAGGGGACGUGGACACAUGCGGCCAAGGCACUGCACAGGUCGGAUGAGCUGGUGCUUGAGCUCCAGCAGGUGGUGGUCACACUCGACGGGGCAGCGCGUAGACACGCUGAGGCUCCAUUGGCAGCGUCCGUGGUAAACAUGACGCAGCACCUCGCACAGACGUUUCAGACGCCAGCGGGGCGCACGUACGCGGCGCUGUGCCAUCGUCUGCCAGCAGCGGACGGGGAGGGUGCACCGUGUUUCACACUCCAGCAGCCCGGCUCGCGCGCUCUCGUGCAGACGCUGGCGUUUAGACCGGGUAUGCGCGACGAGUUUGUCGCUGCUCUCGUUGGUGAUGAGCACCAGUAUCAACAUCAGCACCAGCAUUAUAACCAGCAUCAGCAACACCCGCGUGUGUUUACGGAUGAACAUGGUGUCCGCUUUGAGGUGGACGCUGGUCGGGCAACGACUGAGAGUGUCCCAAUUAACCAGAUGCGAAAUGGGAAAUGGGUCGCGUACGCCGCACGCGCGCUCGUCGUGCGUUUCUGGGAUCUCGCCAAGAAAGCAGACUCGCUGGACAUUCUGCUCAUCCUCGCAGGAUACAUCCUCAUGCACACAACAUUCUACCUCCUGCUCAUCCGCUCGCGCGCACUAGGCUCCUCGUUCUGGCUCCCACUCGCCAUUCUUUCUUCCGCCGUCCUUGCCAUGCUCAUUUCGCUCCCUAUCGCCAUGGCUCUGAGGAUUAGGAUCGACCCAGUAGCGCUGACGGAGGCACUCCCGUUUUUGGUGUGUACUGUCGGCUUUGAUAAACCGCUGAGGCUUGCGAGAGCGGUGUUUUUGCACCCGCAUUUGAGUGUGCCGCCAGCGCUUGUCAAGGGGGUUGUUAAGACCGAUGCCGGGUAUCCUAUUCUUGCUUCUUCGUCCAAUUCCAAUUCCAACAAUGCUACCAACACCAAUACCAACACUCUCGCGCCACCACCCUCUUCCUCGGCUUCAGCUUCAGCAGGAGCCUCAAUGACACUCAAACCCGCACCCCUAAUCAUAACUGAAUCCUUACAUCUAGUCUACGCCCCCAUUAUCCGCGACUACAUCCUUGAAAUCGCUGUCCUAGCCGUAGGCGCGUACAGUCGAGUUGGUGGAUUGAGCGAGGUGUGUGCGUUGGCGGCGCUGAUGUUGGGUGUGGAUUGUCUUUUGUUGUGCACGUAUUUGGCGGCGAUUUUGGGGGUUAUGGUUGAGGUGAGUUCUUGA